AUGGGGCAUUGUUUGAUUAGUCCAUACCAUUUCAUAGCAUUUGCAUGUCUUUGGCCGUCGCUCCAAGCGUUUCGCCCUGAAACCUCCAGUGCUCUGCAACUAGCCGUAGAGGAUUUGGAGGCUUGUGGUGGUCGUAGAUGUGCCGGCAGCAACGCCGCCUUCGGUGAGUUCAUCCUGAAAGUUCUGCCAAGCUACUCGCUUCCAGUUGGCGCUCGAGAUUUCGUCGUGGGCGACGCGUGCGAAGAUGAGAAUCUGGAUGCUGCCCUAUCGGUGGAUGUGGUGGAAUGGCUGGAUCCGGUCGACCCAGUGAACAAUUCGACGAUUCACGUUUUUCUGGAGCCCUUGCAGGCAGAACGGCUGCACUCUGCCUCGCCCGCCAUUUGUGUCCGAUCCAGUCCAACAGGUGCAAGUUGUGUGUGCCACUUGCAGCCGCCUGCAGCCGCCUGGGGCCCCUUCGCGUGGCUGCGGCGACGGUUGUUGGGACAGGAGCGGCUGGAUGCGAUGCUCUUGGACCUCCAGAUUUCCUGCCCAGCAGGUCUUUUGGAUGGGACGCUGUCGCUCGCGGUUCUGGUGCUCUUGCUCUUGACCCUCUCCCUCAUCCACACAGUCUACCAGAUUAAGCAGGGCAGGCUAGCAGAGACCCCGACCAGGGAAGCAGACAGCAUGGAUGCCGUGAUCAUCCCAGAUCCUGCUGCGGAUUUGAAGAACGGGGCGAUGCAGGCUUUCAGGUUUGUAACGCUGAUGAUCUCUCUGCAGACCGUCGUGCUGGAGCAGGUGAAGAAGGAAGCUGGGACGAAGCUGGUCUUCUUCGUGCUUCUGUGGCCUUGUAUCUUUGGCGUGGCCGGUCUCCUCCGAGUUUUUCAUAGCCUUUGCCAGCUGCAACUGGCCCACGUAGCCCUCCAACAUGGCAUUUGCCUUACCAGGCCAGCGAGUGCCACUAGAAACGACCUUUUCACUGCCGCCGGCACGGGUGUUUUAGCCGUCUGCGUUGUUGUCGCCUUGGCUCACGUCCACUUUUGGGUGCUGCUGGCGUUGGUGGUGGGUCUCUUUGCGGGGCCUACGCUCAGCAUCCUCGGUGAGCUUCAGAAGGUUCGCACCCAGGAAGCCGCUCUGCGACAGACCGAAGGCAGCCACCGCUUGGAGGCGUUGCAGGAGCUGUUUCUGGCUGCUCCGAAGCCGGGUUUGGUGAAGGCCAGCUGCGCCGAAAGGCGGCUUUUGAAAGGAGAAUUGCGAAUGGUUCCGUUCAGCGUGAUGAUCUCUGCAGGUCGUUCUUUGGGCUCUGCCGACCUAGUCAAGACGUUGCAAGCAGCGGGUGGCACACAGCAGGAGUUCCCCCGCUUCAGCUUCCUGCGGGACGUCUUUUGGUACGGCCGCGCGCUGCGCGGCAUGGCCGGAUCCUUCGUCGGCUUCGUCAUCCUGCCGAUGUUCCUGAUCAUGGUGGCCCUCUUGCUCUUCUCGUCCUCUUUGCAAUCGAUCUUCUACCUAUGCAGCGUGCCGCAACUAAGCCAUCUGAGCCUCGCGUCGGGCCAGCUGCAAUUCCACCCGUGGGUGCAGAAAUAUUCGGUGAGUUUGGACCAGAGCUUCAAGGAAGCCUUUGUGGUCGCCAGUGCGGAGGAGUCUUCCACGAAGGCCUUGCGUAUCGAUGCGCAGACCACCAACCAAAGCGCCACGACAGAGCCGGUGCAGCUCAUGGUGCCCUUGCCACGUAUCGCUCAGGUGGAAGUGGAAGGCUUACACAGCUCCAAGACCUAUGACAUUGCUUUCUCUCCUGUUGCCACUUUGCCCCACACCGUCACCAUCAGGGCUGGUAGCUUUCUGCGUGAGGUGCCCUGGGGAGCAAUCCCAGGAUCUGUGGUCAGCCUGCCAGAACUUCCACAAGAUGCGCCUUCCCAGUCGUUGAGCAUCGAUGUCACCCUCACGGACUACCAGGUGAACAUUCCAAAGACGUGUGAUACCUCCUGUGCCUCAGCAACCUUCACAAAGUUCUGCGCGAUCAGUGCAUGUAAAGAUGCAAACCAAUCAUGCGCAGGUGCCUGCGAUGAGCAUUGCCACCACGAUCCCCAUUGUCUUCAAUCCAUGCAUGGCAAUACCGGUUGCUAUUUGGCGAUCCGACCGCCUGACGCAUGCAGCGGUGGCGACAGCGCAGAGCACUUCUUGGAUCGCUCGGUAAGUGGUCGGCUGUGCCAAGUGAAGGGCCAGGGCUUUGAAUGCCGACGUGCCGAAGCCACAGGUCAGUGGGUUCUGAAGUUCCCAGAGGUGCAGCCGGACUGGAUUGAGAAGUUUGCAGCGUUGCGCCUGAGCCUCGCGCUGGCAGUCGGUGAGCAGCAGCUGGACAGUGACUUCGAAACUCUUCGUUUGAAGCUUGGCCCGCCAGAACUCCUGGACGUGCUCGUGAACGUCAGCACCGAGGUGAACGGAACGCAAAGGUGGUUGAAUGCGACUGCCAAAGUCACUGCUGCCGGGGACGUGGAAGUCACGUUAUGGCCAUACAGGCCCCCCGACAUCGACCGUCUGACACUGCACAUUGCUCCGCUACUGGCUGACUCGAAGUUCGACACUUCGUGGGAGCAGGCACCACUAGCGCAGAUUUCGAACGAAAGCAUCCGCUUUGCCAAGUGCGAGCUGAGCCCUUUUUUGGAGGCUCGAUUUCAGCUCUGCGGCAGAGCAAAGCAUGGCUGGACUGCGACAGUGGCCAGCAUUCCGUUGGACGUUUGGCGGCCGGAGCUCACGUCUUUGACCUUCCGCAUCGUGCCCAAGACCCAGGAUUCCGCGACUGCUAGCUGGCAACGUGAUGACCGCAGAAUUCAGAUCUUGCUUAGAGGUGCUGUGCAGGCUGCAGAAUGGGCGGUGCCUGAUCUCAGCUCUAGAGACCCAUGUCACCUUGGGACUUUCUCUGACUACCAAGAGCUGAAGUAUGCCACCACCGCGCUUUGCAGCUACAUUCGACACAACUGCUCGACAUUGACCAUAGAGGCUGAAGCUCAACCUGUAAAAAUGAUCGACUUUAUGACUCACGCCUUAAGGGAUAGACCCGCAGUUGUCGCUGGUUCGUGGAGCCGUUUAUCCCAGUGGUUGGCCUGUGCCCACGAAGUUCCUAAACCUGCUUGGUGGGCAGCGGCCGACUUCUGGGAGCCGUGCCCCUCGAGGCCAGGGGGCGUAGAUCGGAUGUGUCCAACGGCGCUCCGUUAUCGCGAAUUAUUUUACGGAGGAUAUUUCCGAUUCCGGGUGAGGGACUUUGUCCUUCUCCUGUCUCGUGGGGUACUCGGAGCGUUUCAGAUGCUAAACCAAUCCUGCCAUGCUUUGCUGCAACAAGGGCAUUUCAGUCAAGAAGAUCAGCUGCAACUCGCAGCUGCUGCCUUGAGCACGGAGAAUGCAUCCGUGGUGGGUGCAUGCCUCACGCAUUGCAGCAAUCUUUCGCACUGGCACCCUCGUCUCCAGCAGCAGCUCGUCCAAAAGAUGUGGAACACCAAUUCAGCCGAAGCAAUCAUCGGAGCUUUACUUGGGUUUGCCGAAAUGGGCAAAGAAAUCGUUAACAACAUCGUGGCUGAUGCUUGCGCGGAAUGUCUGGGAGUGCUCCGGGUUGCCUUACGCAGCCGUACUCGGCCAUGGGUUCGUUGGGGGUCUGUUGCGACAUUAGAGGCAGGGGCCAGGCGGACAUCGGCUGAAAUUGUGGCAGAUGUCUUGAAGCUCCCAUGGAUUCUUUGGAAUGUCAGUGCUCUACACCUACUACAGAGGCGGAUGUACACAGCGGACUAUGUUCGUAUUCCCGAGCAAGUUUGCAACGGCUUGAUGACAUCUCUCACCUCCGCUGGACAGAACCUCACGGAGCUCGAAAUCAGACUUUGGUCGUGGAGUUGGGCAGAUUGCCGUCCUUUCGCCUUCGCCGAACUUGGGCCGAUGCCCCGGCUGGAGAAGCUGAGAUGGCUUGAUAGGACAAUUUCCGAUGACCUGGCAGCUGCACUGAUCAUGAACCUGUCGGGACGCUUCCCCUCGCUGCAAGAGUUGGAGGUGACGUACACGAUUACUAGCAGAGCUCAGGACACCCUGGCAGAAGGCGUGGCCCAAGCUCUCAACACAUCAUCACUCAGGGUCUUGCACCUCGGAUGCAGCGGACCAGCUGCUGCAAUGGCAGCGGCCGUAGGGCAGAUUUCGCCGCAGCUGGAGGAGCUGAAGCUCGGCGGGAGCGAUGGCGUGGGGGCCUUCAUCGCAGCUUUUCCGCACCAGGGCACCUGCCGCUUGAAGAAGCUGGAUGUUUUCGGGCUCGGGAAGGCAAGUUUUGAUCUUGCCGUGGCUCUGGCAAAGGCCCUCAGGAGAUGCCAUGACCUUCAGGAGGUCAAAUUGCCCCUUCCAACAAGCGCCAGCCGUGAGAUCACAGACGCGAUCAAGCAGAUGAAAAGCGCCUAUUGGCCAAAGCUCACCAGCUUCGAGCCCUUCAUCCUCAGUUCCAACCUGCAGCGCUGGCUCGCAAGGCACCGUCCACAGGAAUUGGAUUCAGUGGGGAAGAAGUUGAGCAAGAUUCAGGGACGGAAGUCAAGAUACAGUGCUGAAGCUCCAUGA